AUGAUGUCUAGACAUGGUCUAUUUAAUGUAUCGUCUUGCUCGUGCCUCUCGUCUUGCUUGUGCGGCUACUCAUUUCAAAGUGCACCAGAAGAGCCUUUACGCAAACAAGAUAAAAAUGGCCUUCUCACAGACGCUACUAGUUUGUGGACUUCUGUCCAUUUACUUGUGAGUUUCUCAACAUUAUCUAGGUCUGCACCCCUCGCCCAACGAGCACCUUCAUCUUCCCGGGCCAGGCCUCAAGGAGGAAUACGACCCCCGGGAACAGGACCUGGCCAAGAGGACUCUGUGGAUUAAGCUCGGCAGCAACUUUGAUCCCAACUUCAUGUCCAUCAACUCGCCCAUCCUGGUGAAUCUCUCCGUGCAAGACGCCCAGAUGAAACUGCAAGGACCCAUGCCCAACGAUAUUAAAAAUAUGGAUCUCCUACCCCCUACGGGAAGUGGGUAA